CGGUCCAAACACAGCAAUAAUUUUUGAAAAAUCAACCUACCUCAGCUCCGACUCUUAUCCCUAACCAAAAUGGAAACCCUAGCCAUCUCUCACCGUCCGGUUCCCUCCAUCCCCAAGCUCUCCAUUCCCUCCAUUACCACCCCAAUUUCCCUCACUCUCUUCCACCCUCGAACCCCUCGUCUCCACACAUUCAGAUGCUCGGCUCUCUCAUCUCAAUCAUCAGUGGACCAUUCGACCAAGUUCAGGGAAGCUGCGAAGCACGGGAACCUGAUUCCGCUCUACCGGAGCAUAUUCUCCGAUCACCUUACGCCGGUGCUGGCUUACCGGUGUUUGGUUAAGGAAGAUGACAGAGACGCCCCUAGCUUCUUGUACGAGUCGGUGGAGCCUGGUUUGCAGGUGUCCAGCGUUGGGCGAUUUAGUGUGAUUGGCGCGCAGCCGAGUAUGGAAAUUGUGGCGAAAGAGAAUAUGGUGACGGUUAUGGACCACAGGGAAGGGCGGAAGACAGAAGAGAUUGCAGAGGAUCCUAUGGUUGUUCCGCGGAGGAUUAUGGAGAAGUGGAAGCCCCAACGACUUGAUGAGCUCCCUGAAGCAUUUUGUGGUGGGUGGGUUGGUUAUUUCUCAUAUGACACAGUGCGUUAUGUAGAGAAGAAGAAGCUUCCAUUCUCAAGUGCUCCACAGGAUGACCGAAACCUUCCUGAUGUUCACUUAGGCCUUUAUGAAGAUGUGAUCGUGUUUGAUCAUGUAGAUAAGAAAGCUCAUGUGAUACACUGGGUGCGAUUAGAUCAAUUUUCUUCUGUUGAGGAGGCCUAUAAUGAUGGGAUGAACUGGUUGAACUCUUUAGUCUCUAGAGUGCAUGAUAUAGUUCCCCCAAGGCUGGCUGCAGGUUCAAUUAAAUUAUAUACUAGCCUUUUUGGCCCAUCCUUGGAGAACUCAACCAUGACAAGUGAAGCAUACAAGGAUGCAGUGUUGCAAGCUAAAGAACAUAUACUGGCAGGAGACAUUUUCCAGAUUGUAUUGAGUCAGCGAUUUGAACGGCGAACUUUUGCAGACCCAUUUGAGGUCUACAGGGCAUUGAGAAUUGUCAAUCCAAGUCCAUAUAUGACUUAUUUACAAGCCAGAGGGUGUAUCUUGGUUGCUUCAAGUCCAGAAAUUCUUACUCGUGUGAAGACGAAAAGGGUCACUAAUCGACCCCUUGCUGGAACUGUUAGGAGAGGGAAGACACCCAAAGAAGAUUAUUUGUUGGAAAAACAACUUCUGAGUGAUGAGAAGCAAUGCGCAGAGCACAUUAUGCUUGUUGACUUGGGAAGGAAUGAUGUCGGAAAGGUAUCGAAAUCUGGUUCUGUGAAUGUUGAGAAGCUCAUGAACAUUGAACGAUAUUCCCAUGUCAUGCACAUCAGCUCCACGGUCACUGGAGAGCUGCUUGAUAAUUUAACUGGCUGGGAUGCUCUGCGUGCUGCAUUGCCUGUUGGAACAGUUAGUGGGGCACCAAAGGUGAAAGCCAUGGAGUUGAUUGAUCAGCUAGAAGUCACGAGACGAGGGCCAUAUAGUGGUGGAUUUGGAGGCAUUUCAUUCUCUGGUGAUAUGGACAUUGCUCUAGCAUUGAGAACGAUUGUAUUCCCAACUGGAAUACGUCACGACACAAUGUACUUGUACAAGGAUGUGAACAGGCGGCGGGAUUGGGUUGCCCACCUUCAAGCUGGGGCCGGUAUUGUGGCUGACAGCGAUCCCGGUGAUGAGCAGAGAGAGUGCGAGAACAAAGCUGCAGCUCUUGCCCGUGCUAUCGAUCUUGCAGAGUCUUCAUUUGUUAACAAAUGAUAAAAUUUUAAUAAUUGCAGAGUUCCAUGUUUGUUUAUUAUAAUUAUGUUUUAAAGUAGAAAUGAUAUUAUGUUUAUGUUUUUAGAUGGGGAGAAAUGAUUAUGUUAAUGAUUACCAAACUUGAGUUUUUGGAAGUGUCCAAAUUGUCAGUGGGAAAUUAAUUAAUCAUGGAGCAAUCCAUUUUUUGUUGCGUAAAAACUAGAGAAAAAGUGUUCUCACAGGCUGCGGUGCUGUGGUUGAUUAUGGAAUGAGGAUGAUGCUUUGGACA